AUGAUGGGGGUAGGUUCUGUAUCCUCAUCUGGUGACGAACCCUUCCAUCUUGAGAAGUAUCUUCCAGCCUGCGAAGCAGCCAAAGCUCAGGAGAUAGAUCAAAUCGAGAAAUCCUUGUUACCUUGCGCCUCGAAGUCUCCUCAUAACGAAGACACCACUCACAUUCGGCCUACCCUGACUGGGACGCCAUCUAAGAAGAAGCAUUUCCUGAGCAACAGCAUUGCAGCACUCGGAAGAAGCAAGGAUAAAACUAGUCGUGAGGAGCAGACCGGAUUUGGCAUCCCAUCGUCCUUGUCUCAAGAUCGUGGCUACAGGAGACUUUCACACAACUUAGUAGCCAAAUUCAAAGGCAUUUUCAAUGAUGACGAAGUGAUAGGUAUCGCUGAAGAGGAGAUGCGACCACUGAGUGAGAAUCCGACUAGUUCCCCCCAGCCUCUAAAGCUACAUGAGCCGGCACAGCAAUCAAAGGUCGAUCUCUCGCGUGCUUCUUCAUUGAGGAGCAUUAUCUACAGCUACGAUCGAUAUGGCAUGUUAAAAGUUGAUAACGAAACUCGAGUUGACGCAUCUAAUCAUAACGAUCGCAACAGCCUGGAGACUGAUACAGGUUUCUUAUCGAGACGGGCUACGAUGGAGGGUAUCAUUGGACGACACAACGUAAACAGAGACAGCGCGCUUAAUCAAGGGGGCAUGCGCAAAAUGAAUGAUCUUGAAAAGGCUCACAACACCCCGAAUCUCCUUCAAUUAAACCUUCAGGCGAUUGAAGCAGGCUACGAAGAUAUCUCUGACCGUCUAGAAUAUGAUCCGGAGUGGGGAGGAAGUAUCGGGCAUUGGUUAGUUGACAUGGCAAGUAAACAAGGAGAAUCGUGCCCCUCUUCUCUACUCGGCGACGGACUAGAAUUUAAGGAUUUUGACGGUGCUUUCCUAUCGUCCGAUAAUACAUCAUCCGAACGCGAGUCAAUCGAUUCUAAGGAAUUACUUGAAUUCACCAUCGAAGACGGCGCAGUUGCAACACAUCUUUCCCCCAACCCCACUAUUCCCCGUACCUCAGUUAGCACUCGCGCAGGUUCUUGCGACCUCAAUGAGGAUAAUUUGUUGCCUAUAAUUCCUCGUCAAGAACCGGUUUUUACUCCUCAAUCUCAGUCAGAGAAAUCCAGUUCUUUGUUGCAACAAGAAAUCGAGCACUGCAACAGAGGCAUUUCAGAACCUGGACGAACCAUCGAACAAGCAAAUCCCACAAACCCGACAUACCUUUCCGACUGGUUGUGCCCCCAUUGCGGUUUCUUGAACCUCCCGCGACGAACCGCCUGCCUGCAGUGCUGGGAAAAACGUGCAGAACCGCUAGGCAACACAGGUCAUCGCAUCCGCCGGGUGACUUUCGCAGAACCCACGAAAUUCGAGGGUAAACACGCUUCAGCCAUGGACGGAUACAACGCCUCAUUAGUUGAUGCAUCGCUCAUUCCAGAGCCGCUCAACAUUAAAUCCUGCCUCAAGACCAAGACUCAUCAAGAGUCCAAGCCCGUCGACAAGAGUACCCAGACUGGAGUUCAGGGUUCUGGUGCGCCGGCUUCCCAUCAGAAUCAGCAUACCAAUGUCACCAAAGCUACCGCUACGUCUAACGAGACCGAGCAAACUGACGACAAAAUCACCAUCACCAAGGAACAACUAAAGAGAAUGGAAGCUAUCGUGAAAAAGACCCUAGAGAACAACGAGACCAUGCGUCGCAUGCUAAAGUCGAUGGAGGAAAUGUACCAACAUAUUUCCAAGGAGCGUAACGCUAAAGACUAA